UUCUCACACUCUCUUAUCUGCAAACACUCUUCAACAUCCACUUCCUCCUCUUUCCUUUAUCCCUCCUCCCAUGGACGACGACUCACCCGAGCUCACCGAGUCACAGCAGCAACAGGAGGACCCGAGUCAAGACCAACAAUCACCCAAUGCGGAUGAUGAAGAAAUUGGCUCCGGCUCUGACUCGGACUCGUCCUCCCAAUCCUCCGGCGACGAUUUCUACAUCUCCGACUCCGACAACGAAGCUGAAGGCGAUACCGGCAUCCUCAACUACGUGCGACCUAGCGACAUACCUCCUGAUCCCAACGCUAACCCGGAGACCAACAUCCGCCGAUUCAAUCGCGUGCUCGCUAGCAAGCGCGUUAAGCGUCUUCAGGAGGAAGAAGAAGACAAGUACACGUUCUAUGAAGAUCUCUUCGAUUUCCCCAGGGACCCUGAACGGUGGAAGGAAGAGGAUCUCAGGGAGAUUUGGGCGGAUGCUCCAUUGGAGAUGAAGAAGCCCGGUUGGGACCCGGUUUGGGCCGACGAAGAGGAUUGGGAUGUCGUCAACGAAGAGAUUCAGGAAGGUCGAGAUCCUGGGAUUCAGCCUUUCUAUGUUCCGUACAGGAAACCGUUCCCGGCGAUUCCAGAUAAUCACUAUGAUAUUGAUAACGCUAAAGCUGUUGUUGAGGAGCUUGAUAGGAUUGAAGAGUUUCUUCAAUGGGUCAGCUACAUUUUCCCUGACGGAAGCUCGUAUGAAGGCACUGUCUGGGAUGACUUGGCUCAGGGCAAAGGUGUUUAUAUUGCUGAAGAAGGGCUUGUUAGGUAUGAGGGUGAAUGGCUUCAGAAUGAUAUGGAAGGUCAUGGGGUUAUUGAAGUUGACAUUCCUGACAUUGAGCCCAUGCCAGGUUCCAAGCUUGAAGCUAAGAUGCGUGCUGAAGGAAGGAUUAUCAAGAGAGAUUAUAUGACUCCAGAAGACAGAAAGUGGUUGGAAAUGGAUGUCGAGGACAGUAUUGCACUUACUGAUGGGAAUUACCAAGUUCCCUUUUAUGAAAACGAAGAGUGGGUCACGCAGUUUGGCGAAAAACCGGAGAAAGGUCGGUAUCGCUAUGCUGGUCAAUGGAAGCACGGUAGAAUGCAUGGGUGUGGUGUCUACGAAGUUAACGAGCGCCUCCUAUAUGGUAGAUUCUACUUUGGGGAGCUAUUGGAUGAGGAGCAUGGCUGUACCGUAGAUAUUUGUGCGCUGCAUUCUGGUUUGGCAGAGGUGGCUGCCGCUAAGGCGCGAAUGUUUGUAAACAAACCCGACGGAAUGGUUAGAGAAGAGAGGGGCCCAUACGGUGAUCCUCAACAUGCUUAUUUUUAUGAAGAAGAUGACGUGUGGAUGGCGCCGGGUUUCAUUAACCAAUUUUAUGAAGUACCUGAGUAUUGGGAAGCCUAUGUAGAUGAGGUGGAUCAAGAAAGAGAAAUGUGGUUGAACUCUUUUUACAAAGCUCCUUUGAGGUUACCAAUGCCCGCUGAGCUCGAACAUUGGUGGGAAAACGUGGAGGUGACACCAGAGUUUGUCUUACUGAACAAAGAACCCGAACCUGAUCCAGAAGAUCCUUCGAAACUUGUCCAGAAGGAGGACCCUGUUAUUUUACACACGCCAACGGGUCGGAUAAUCAACUAUGUCGAGGAUGAAAAGCACGGCGUUCGACUAUUUUGGCAGCCUCCUCUGGAGGAAGGGGAAGAUGUGGAUCCUGCAAAAGCCGAGUUUUUGCCACUUGGGUUUGAUGAGUUUUAUGGGAAAGAAGUGGCCGUGAAAGAGGAACACCCGGUUAAAAAAUUCGUACUUGGAAUUGAGAAAGCGAUGAAGCCAUUGCUUGACGGAUUAGAGAAAUGGACAGAGGAGAAAAAGAAAGCAAACGAGGAGAGAAAGGAGAUGAUACAGAAGGAGCUUGAGUUAGUAGAGGCUGAGAUUUGCUUAGAGGAGGCUAUAGAGGAUAUGGAUGAGGAACUAAAGAAGAAAGAACAAGAAGAGGAAAAGAAAACCGAAAUGGGUUUGACUGAAGAGGAUGAAGAUGUGUUUGUCCCGAUUUAUAAAGAAGAGAAAGUUGUCACUGCCAAAGAGAAGACACAAGAGAAGAAAAAGGAAGAGGAAUCCAAAGAUGAUGAUGACGAUGAUGAUGAUGAUGAAGGAAGAGAUGAUGAUGAUGAUGAUGAUGAUGAUGAUCUUGGACCAUCGAGUUUUGGAUCUGUGGACAAACGAAGUAGGAAUUCUCCCUUUUCAACAUCCUCAUUGUCUUUUGCUUCGUGUACCCUCUUUCCCGCGGUACCGUCAACACUAGAGAGAUCUUUUUUAGCAUGGAAGCAAAACCGAGCAAAACCAUCAAAAACGAUCUCAGGAAUCAUCAAAGGUGCAGAUAAAAACCCAUCAGCUUCAAUCCAUUUUCCACCAUUGUUAAGUAACCAAACCAGAUUGAAGAUGGUAAAGGUAUCAAACCCGGGUUGUGUCCAGAGAAGCUCAAGAUCUCAGUCUCAGUUAUUGUCUCUAUCGCGUCUACUAUCUUGCAAUGCAUCAUGUCCUUCUCCUGAAAGCAGCUCCGGUGAAGACCUAAGGUUUUCCGGGAAACAAUAUCAAGGUUGGCUCAGGAAUACACCUGUUGGGGAAAUGGACGCUGUUUUGUCGCUUCAGGUUCAGGCAAAGUGUUCUAAUUUGUUUGCAGAGACUCCUGUCUUGUCUUGAGUCUCUUCUUGCUUAGCUUUAGCUUUGAGUUUUCUUCUUCUGUACCCUUCAGGCUUCUUCUCCUCUUCUUUCGUGGUGGACAGAUAUCAUUUGAAUUCUUUUUGUUGUAUUGUCUAAUAAAUAUUUAUCGCAACUAUAAAAAAAAAAACUGAAGAUUAUCCAUUGCUGCUUUAUUCUC